UGUUUCAUCACCUUUUUGGAACUUUUUACAAAGCGCUACAUGACUUCCCCUGCUAAACAUUAUAAUACCUUGUCCUUACAUUGUUAAACAGAACAAUCGUAUCUCAUAUGCAUUUACCUUAAACUGGACAUCACACACACAUGGCUGAUACAAUUCUUCUGUGUAACAACUAACAUGAUAAGUGGCCCUUUUUAGUGGACGCUGGAUUAUGAAAGUGGGUGGACAGAUAGUACUUAGCAGUGGUAUUAAACAUGGGGAAUAAAGGAUCUUUCGGGGGGGCAUCCAAAAACCUAAUCCCCUCCUUUGUUUUCUCACAUAUUUCCCAUCAUUCCUUGUUGACCAGCCCCAUCCAUAAAGAUAUAAGAUUCACUGCUUCUUCAUUCUCUGUGCACCAGUUCCUUUCCUUCAUUUCAUAUAUUUAUUCUUAACGGCAUCACUCACAUUUUAAAACAUAUGAAUUAAAGUAAUGCCACAGCACAAACUUGUCCCCUUUUUAGAUAAUUUACACUUAUUUCUACCCACUGCUUCCGUUUACUGCAUUUUAACUGGGAAAAAAAAAAUAUUUGCUGACGCGAUUUAAUGUUCAACUCCAGUAAACAGUUAAACAGUAAAAUGUUCCCCCUCCAGUUUGUGUAUUAAGACAUUUUAUCACUGUACAACUGUCUGUUAAACUGUACAAGUUGCCUCUGCGAACGGUAACCAGUUCAGGUGUUAACUAGCUGUAUUAUGUAUAUUACUGUAUGAUACUACUAUUAUUAUUACAUUUUGAAGCAACUACGAAACACCCAAUUGUCGAUAUCUUCCAGUCCAAAUAACCAUAUUUUUUCUCGACGAGAACAUUACUGUAUCAUGCUGAAAUUAGAUUACCCACUGUUUAAACACACGCACUGUCAGUAAGCUAAAUGUGGCGUUUGAGUCGUGAGUUUGUAUAACUCUGUAUGAACCCCAAUUUAAAACUGUGUGUAACUGUUCAGUCUGUCUGACAGUUUCCUUUGCGCGAGUCCGAUCACACUGACUACUAAGCUUCUACGACGCAUUCUGUUACCCAGCUCUGUAAAAAAUGUAGGCAAAUCGUGUAGGUAAAGAAUCUGCUCACUGCUCGCAAAAGAAAAUACCCAACAAGUGACUGAAACACAGUUUAAGACACAACAUGAAAUGAUAACCCGUGAGACAUUUUGGGCUGCGCAACUACUAAGACAGCCCCAGUUCCAGUAUCAGUCCGCUCAGAGCCGUGUUCUUCCGCCUUUCGAACCAAACACACCUACCGUUUCUUCUGCCCAAAACAAUAACAUGAUUUCGUUACAUCAGCCAUACUUCAAAAAUAAUUUAGCCAACAUUUGUAAAAAUUACACGAGUUAUUACCAUAAUGAAUGUAGGUGGAAAGAGUUACAUAUAUUUUAGGAACGCGAACUUAGAAGUCUAAAAGUGCAGCCGAUAAAUGAGUUCCGGUUGGCGUCCUGAAGCAGCCGGGGGAACGUUGAUGGCGUCCAGUUAGAAUGCCGGAGCGGUUAUCUUUUUCCGUCCAUCGCGGUUUUUGAACGGACGGUGGAAGCGGAAACAAGCCAGCGCGAAAUUCGAGCCUUCUCUCUCUGAAAUUGCAACCCAAGGGCAAAAUGGACUCUGAGGAGAACGAGGUGGAAAGCAGCAGUGAUGCGGGUCCGUCUGGCCUGGAGGAGCCCUCAGAGAGCGGCAUGGGCAUGGAGUCAUCGGAGGCUAUGUCCGCUGACAGUAGCGACACGGCCGCAAUGCCCACCAUGGCACCAGAAUCGGACUCCCACGUGGGCCAGAGUUCGGAGAGGCUCGUGGAGCUUAUACCUGAGACCAGCUCUAGCACCGACGUACGAGCAGUGGUCCAUCUCCCCGACUCAUCCUCCGUGGCACAGUCCACCAGCGUGUCCAGCGUCUCCACGGUGACCCAGUCAAUCUUGGUGUCCGAAUCAGCCCAGGUGCUCGUCCACUCCAGCGUGGUGUCAGACGGAGGAAUGAUCGUGUCGGACUCCACCGCCUCCACUUCGUCGGACCUCGGCUCUGCUAUUGACAAGAUCAUCGAGUCCACUAUCGGUCCUGACAUCAUGAAUGGUUGCAUUGCGGUCACCAGUGCUGAGGAUGGAGAUGCUGAGACCACGCAGUAUCUUAUUCUUCAGGGUCCUGAUGAUGGUGCUGCUAUGGUGUCUGAGAUGUCUUCCAGUCGCAUCACCAUUGAAGCUUUGGCGGAGGGUCCGACCUCGACUUGCCUGGACCAAUCCGAUGUGGUGGAGGUUCGAAGAGUGGUGCUCCCCGAUCAUGAGGCUUUGGAUCCUGACCUGCCUGACCAACCGGGACAUUCAGGUUAUGUGGAGCAAGAAGACAGCAUCGGAACGGAUGGCACACAUCGCUUCCAGGGCCUGGACUGCAGUGGGGAGGGACCAGACCAGACACGGCCAUCCCACUAUAUCGAGUGUAGAGCCGACAGGCCCGACAACUCGGAGCGACAUUCACGGAGUUACCAGGGUCACGAAGAAGAGCCCGGUCCGUCACACUGCUCUCGCUACCCUGUGGGUGGUGCCGGCCCCUCAGGGAGGCUGCACCAGUCCCACUAUCUGGACGGUCCAGGGCCAUCCCAGCAGCAUUCGCGGUACAUUGACUGUAGCACGGACAGCUCAAGCCAGCCACCAGACUACGCAGAGUGCGUGACCGGCGGGCCAGACCAGACUGAGAACUCCCAGUAUAUGGAGUGCUGUGUGGAUGACCCAGACCAGACACAGAACUCGCAAGACCAGCCCCACAACUCCUGCUACAUCGAGUGCAGCGUGGCCCAGGGGUCUAUCUACAUGGAGGAGAGCUCCCUGGAUUGCCCAGACCAACCACAGCAUUCCAGCUACAUGGAGGUCAGCGUUGCUGUGGACGACCAACGACCUGAUCAGCCAGAUGGCUACCGCUAUGCAGAGGGUAGCGAGGACCAGCCCAGCCAGUACCCGGUGCGGCCCAACCGGACUGUCUCACUGGAGGGUGGAGAACCUCCAGAGGGCAGUGGCUGUUCAGAAGCCCAGGGCAGCGGGGCUGUGGGGCCGGGCCCACCAACAAGCCUCAGGGACCAGCCCCCAGACCUGGCGGAGCUCGAGGAGAUGAUGGAAGUGGUGGUUGUACAGCAGUUCAAGUGCAAGAUGUGUCCGUACAAGAGUGUCUCGAAGGACACCCUAAUAAACCACAUGAGGGAAAAGCACUUCAAGAACACAGGUGGUCCACCGCCGAAAAAAAGGGGACGAGGCCGGCCACGCCGCUGUGACUCAGUCGCCCCACAGAAGCCCGAGGUGAAGGUGGAGGAACCGGUAGUGGCAGAGGAGGAAGAUGACGAUAUUGUGGAUGCUGGCGCCAUCGACGAUGCAGAAGAUGAUAGUGACUAUAACCCAGCUGAUGAAGACUGCAGGGGACGCCAGCCAGCCCUUCUCCGAAGCACUCCUUCGUCAUCAUCCCUCUCGCAAGAGCGCCCGCGGCGCAGAGUGAUUCGCCCCAGCAAGUUCCCUUACUACACAGGCAGCCGCCGUAACCAGAAAGCAGCAAGCAAUACUAGAGCAGCAGCUGAGGAGAGUAAGAAUGUGGACUCUCAAGUAGCCGAGGAGGCGAGCUCUUCUGGGAUGGACAACGGGCCCAUGUCCUCGGGAAAUGAAAAUGGAGCCGAACCUGGCGUGAGUCAGUCGGAUUCUGAGAACAAGGAUCCAUCAUCAAAUACGGGGCCGGAGGAGGUUGAUUGCUACCCUCGGAAACGAGGACGCCCUACAAAGCAGUUUCUUCGAAAGAAGUACAAGAAAUACAUAAACCGCAAUAGGUAUUACAAAUCCUUGAAGCCGUUGCUAAGGCCCCACAACUGUCGGAUCUGUGGAUCCCGAUUUCUAUCCCAGGAAGACCUUCGCUUCCACGUUGACUCUCACGACGGCGAUGACCCCGAGCGGUUCAAGUGCUUGCAGUGUAGUUACCGGUGUAAGCGCUGGUCAUCACUGAAGGAGCACAUGUUCAAUCACGAGGGAACGAAGCCCUACAAGUGCGAGGAGUGUGACUACAGCAGCGUCUACAAGAAGGAUGUGGUGCGACACUCGGCUGUGCACACCAAAGACAAGAAAAAGAAGACAGACCAGGUCCCCAGGGUGGUGCAGUAUCUGUGCCCCGUGUGUAACAGGGUGUAUCCCAUGCAGAAGCGCCUGACACAGCACAUGAAAACACACAGCACGGAGAAACCGCACAUGUGUGACAAGUGUGGGAAAUCCUUCAAGAAACGGUACACUUUUAAGAUGCAUCUCCUUACACAUAUCCAGAGCUACGGGAACAGCAGAUUCAAGUGUGAAUUCUGCGAGUACACCUGUGACAACAAGAAACUGCUCCUCAACCACCAGCUGUCACACACGAGCGAUAAGCCGUUCAAGUGCGACUACUGCAAGUACUCCACCACCAAGGAGGACUUCCUAGUGUCCCACAUUGCAAUCAAACAUACAGGGGAGAAGCCAUUCUCCUGUGACUUCUGCCACUUCAUGACGAAGCACAAGAAGAACCUACGAUUGCAUGUGAUGUCGCGCCACCCUGAUGAAUUUGAGGACUGGCGCGUCACGCACCCGGAGGAGCCCCCUCGUCGCCGCCGACCCUUUUUCACACUGCAGCAGAUCGAGGAGCUCAAGCAGCUGCACGACCAUAUGCAGGUUGUGCAGGAGAGCACCCGCGCCCCCAUCGUAUGCCAGGUGCACCCCAUUGAGUUGCAAGCACUUCAGACAAUGGAGAACGCCGCUGUUUCUCAGGAUUCCCUGGGCAACACCACCAUCAUCUAUGAACACGGAGAUGACUCCGAGUUGUCAGCCCAGAAUGCGCUGGACCUGCUCUUGAACAUGAGCACCCCCCGCGAGCUCGUGGGCAGUUCACUGCAGGUGGCCGUGCUGAAAGCGGAUGCGGAUGGUUCCACGCCGGGGGAGGCCGACUCGGCAGGGCAGCCCCAGAAGGUCGUGACCUUCCAUGUAGCCGAGCACGGGGACGUCAUGGCGACUGCCCCCGUAGAUGAUGUCCCUGUGAGCGCCUAUCAGGGCGCUGGGGACUUUGCGGUCUCAGAGCAGGUCGGGGAGGAGAUCCACAGCUCUGCUGCUGUCUACAGCGAUACGGAAGGCAGCCCUGGGGCAUCUCAGUCCGUGGUGGUGAGCAGCGAAUCUCUCUCCAGUAACAUGAAGGAGCACAAGGGCAAGUACCACUUGACCUCGGGAAUCGAAGGAGACGUUGUGCAGCAGGUGGAGCUGAGCACGGAGGAGCCCAGCUCCCCUCCUGCAUCCCCCUCCCCCCGGCAACAGGUGAACUCAAAGCGCUUCUCUUGCCGCAUCUGCAUGGAGUCGUUCCACGGCCGCUCCGACAUGGAGAGCCACAAGAGAGCGCACGUGGACCCCACUACCUUCAAGUGCCCCGACUGCAAUUUCACAGCGCCCUCCUGGCCAGAGGUCAAGACACACAUGGCCAUGCACGCGUACCUGCGACCCCACAAGUGCGCACACUGCAGCUUCGCCUCGAAGAACAAGAAGGACCUGCGGCGGCACAUGAUGACACACACCAACGAAAAGCCCUUCGCCUGUGAGGUCUGCGGACAGAGGUUCAACCGUAAUGGCCACCUGAAAUUCCACAUGGAGAGGCUGCAUAGCCUGGAGCCGCCUGCACGAAAGACACGGUUGGGCUCCUCGCAGCAGGCCAUCAUCGUCAACACGGAUGAGGAGGCACUGGCCAGCCUUCAAUCAGCUUUACAGGCUGGACAGACGGUGCUCACCUCGGAAGGGCUCCAGCAGGCCUUGGCACAGGAGCACAUCAUCGUGGCCCAGGAGCAGAGCAUCCCGAACCAGGAGGAAGCCACGUAUAUCCAGCAAAUUACCACAGUGGAUGGACAGACCGUACAGCACCUGGUCACGGCAGAGAACCAACUGGCUGAGGUCCAGUAUAUAAUUUCCCAAGACGGGGUGCAACACCUGAUCCCCCAGGAGUAUGUAGUGGUUUCAGAAGGAAACCACAUCCAGAUGCAGGACGGACAGAUCGCACACAUUCAGUAUGAGCAGGAUGGAGCAUUCCUGCAGGAGCAGCAGAUCGCCCUGAGCCACGACGGACACAUCCAAUACGUGCCCAUCAGCUCUGAGCAGCAGGUCGUGGGCCAAGAGAAUGCUGAGGUCGCUGCCCACUCAACAGUGACCGCUGUAGUGGAUGCAGCCGUGGCACAGGCACAGACGGUGUAUGCGGCCGAGGCCACGCCGGAACAGCUGGAGCAGAUGCAGCAGGAGGGCAUCCAGUACGACGUCAUCACCUUUACGGAGGAGUAGCGGCGCACACCAUCGCUUCUCGGUUCCUGCACUUCUUCCAGUUGCACGGCUUACGAACAAGCAGUUGGCUUCUUGUGCUUCUUAACCGCAUUUAAUCACAAUUUGCGUGGGUGUUGCUUAGGAAAAAAAGCGGGAAUGGCCUUUUUCUACUUCUGAUUGACUGAGAACACAUCGGGCUCCAAGUCCAGGAUGGUUCUGCAGCUUCUUUGGAAAUUUCUACGUAGGGGGUUCUCAAUGUAAAAUAAAAUUAAAGAAAUACUGUAAAUAAGAAAGACCAUGUUGGACGGAGGAUGGCUCUCUCAACAUUUCUGAUGAAUCCUAUAGUGUCUCUGUAAUAUAAUUAUUCAUACUGUUGCCUCUAUCUCGUUUUGAAGACUUUUUUGUUUUGCAACUUUUUGGGACACCUGCUUAUUACAGGCUGACCCGAAAUGGCACAACGUGAACAAAUAUAUCCAUGUGAUUCUGGGUGUGAGUGUAUGGGGGCUAGAAAGGAUCUCUUUUGACUGGGUUUGUGCGUUUCCUAAACUUCACUAAGAAUGACACGAGCCAUUUCCUACAGGGGGGCGAAGAAAAACAUGGCCCAUAAGCCCGUGUUAUAUUUUACUUUGUGGCUGUACUUCAUAAACUCUGCUUUGUGAAUUGCUGCAUAUGAACUAAAAGCUAAUACCAAAGACUUUCAUUUUGCAACAGACACAAUAAAAACGAAAAAGUUACGAUACAAUUUCGGUUCACGUUAAAAUUGCAGACAUACAUAUGUUGUAAAAAAAGAUGUUGAAAUGUAUCAUUUAACAAAGAAAAAUGUUUUAUUUAUUUG